UGCUUUGAGCACCUCAUCAGACUGCUGCAGAAUUGUAGGGUGUUUCAGGAACAGUUAGACUGUUUGUGUGUCUCAACAAUUAAAGCACUUACAGCUGUGAAACACAAAUCUCCUGCGGCAAAGGAAGUAUUUAAGGAAAGAAUUGGUUACAUUCAUUUGCUUGAGGUGCUGAAAUCUCUUGGACAGCCAUCUCGAAUGUUACUUGAAGAGCUUCUUAACAUGGCUGUGGAAGGCGAACAUGCUUCAGUUGGGAUUUAUGGCAUCAGUAAUGUCCAGCCUUUGCUCCUUCUUAUACAGUGGCUACCAGAAAUUGUGUCUCAUGAUCUACAGAACUUCAUCUCAGACUGGUUAAAAAGGAUUUGCUGUAUAAAUAAGCAGAGUCGGACUAUGUGUGUCAAUGCCAGCAUGGUCAUUCGGAUUAUCGAGACACUCACUGCUCACUAUUCCUUGCACCGAAUCUGUGCGGAAAACUUAAUCAGUCUUUUGGGGUCAUUGGGCAGCCAGUCAAUGAGCUCGGAGGAAUUAUUUCAUCUUAUUGCUAUGCUGAGGACAAAUGAACCCAAAAACAGCCACCCUUAUGUUGUUCCUGUGACCCGAGCCAUGCUCACUAUUGCCCGUAAACAGGGACUGGAGAGUGCCUUGCAGUACUUUAAUUUGUCCCAUAGCUCAUCAGGAAUUGCUAUACCCACCAUUCAGAAAUGGCCUGGCUCCGCUUUCACAUUUAAUGCC